CUAACUUCGGUACUAGAAUACAAAAAAAAUUGACUCGAAAAUGAAGGUUCUUCUGUGCUUCGCCGCUGUUGUCGCCGUGGCUUUCGCCGCUGCUUGCGACGUUGAAAACUGCAAGAUCGAGGAUGAAUGCGUCUGCACCAGCAGGUCUUCACCUCUUCCCUUGGAAGAUACCCCACAAUUCGUCAUGUUGACUUUUGAUGAUGCCGUGACCAGGUACAUUUAUGACACCUAUUACCAAACGCUUCUGUUGCCUCGCACCAACCCGGACAACAAGACCAUCGGAGCCACCUUCUUCGUUCCGCACGAAUACUCCGACUACGAAGCGGUCAACCAGUUGUACAACGCCGGUUUCGAAAUCGGAACUCACUCGAUCACCAAGGAUUUGGCUUCUUACUGGGAGAAGGCUUCCGAGGAUACCCUCGUCCAGGAGUUCAAGGGACAGAAGGAGAUCAUCGCUAAAUUCGCCAACAUCCCCGAGGAACACAUCAAGGGUGUGAGGACACCGCAUUUCCAAUUGGCCGGAAACAAGACUUUCACGGCUUACGUCAAAGCCGGAUGCAACUACGACAGCAGCUGGACUUCUCUGCCGAAGGACAAACUUUUCCCGUACACCUUGGAUCAUGUCAGCACCCAGGAGUGUUUGAUCGGCGAAUGCCCCACUGUUUCCGUUCCCAAAUUCUGGGUCGCCCCAAUCAACGAUCUCGUUGGAGAGAACGGCAUCAACUGCAACACCAUCUAUGGUUGCCAAAAGAACGGAACAGCCGAAGAGAUCGAAAAAUGGUUGUUAUCUGAGCUGGAGAAGUCCUACAAGAAUCGCGCCCCAAUGAAGCUUCUGGUCAACUCCGUGUGGCUCUCCGACGAACAGAACCUGAAGGGUUUCGAAGGAUUCUUGGACGCCGUCGGCGAGAAGGAAGAUCAUUUCCUCGUCUCCGUUCGCGAAGUCAUCGAAUGGAUGAAGAACCCGGUCCCAGUUACGCAAUACACCAGUCUUCUCGGAAACGUCCCGACCACCUGCGAUCCAAUCACCUGCGUCUUGGACAAGCAGCACGAGACCAGAUACAUGAGGUCCUGCGUCCCAUGCCCAAGGAUCUACCCAUGGUUGAACAACCCAACUGGAGAAGUCUACUAAACACAUAAACACACAAACAGAGUUUACUUUCCGUUGAUACAACAACCAGAUUUUAUUUAUAAAUACAAAAAAAAAUACGUAA